UUCUUCCCUGGUUUCUCAGUCGGUCAUCGUCUCAGGGCCACUUUGGACAGGACCUCUCCACGAGGCCUCCUAUCUUACAGAAAUGUUAAAUUUGGCUGGGGCAUGGGGAUGGGCAGGCAAAGACACAGGGACAGAAACUGAUACUGGGAAGCUUUUGAAACAAAUGUUGGAUGAAAGUGAUCCCCGAUUGCCAUUUGGGUUCAUAAAAUUGGAUGAGGUGGCAAGCCGGGCAAAAAUAAAUUCUCCACCACUAAGGAUCGUAAUGGAAACCAUACAAAAGGAAAAUAAACCUCGUGAGAAAAUUUCUUUGGUACGGGAGAUGGUCGCCCAA